UCACUUGUUUCCAGGCAAACACGGAAACGCUGGGAGCAGUUCAUCCAAUCAGAGAACCAGCACCUGGUGAGUCCAGAGGCUCUGGACCUGCUGGACAAGCUGCUGCGCUACGACCACCAGCAGAGGCUGACGGCGGCCGAGGCCAUGCAGCACCCGUACUUCUAUCCUGUGGUGAAGGAACAAGCAAAUGCCAACACAGAUGGCUCAAAGGCAAUAAGCAGCUCCAAUGCAACAUGAUACCCAGAGAACAGGUAAGACACACAACAGUACUCUAUUUAUAAUAUGUAGAGAUGUAGAGGUAUGCAAAAGCUUGGAUGUGCCACUUUACAUGUCAUGCCAAUGCGUGUGUGAAUGAAAGGCUCACUGUUGGCUUUUGAAGUGAUUACAGCCACUGCAGCACGCAGAAGCUACGGGCUUUCCUACAAAUGCUGAUGCUUUACUCUGAGUCUGUUUACAUAUUAUUUCUGUGAAUGUUAAAUAUCAACCAAAAACGAUACAAAAACAACACAAGCCGAGCUUCUUCAGAAGGGACCUGAAUUUUUAUCUAGCAGCACGUAACGUGGUCGUGCAUUUGUGCUUCAGGCUGUUUUCUGCAUGUGGUAGCAGUUUGUUGUCACCAGGGGGCAGUGUUAGAACAUGUUGCAUCACCAGGGGUGCAGAUGUUCUUGUGUUCCUUUAGUUUAUUUCCUACCACAGUGAGCACAGUAAUCAAUAAAGACAAAACAGCUACUUU